UGCGCGGGAAAGAGCACGUGUCUCGAAAGUAAACAAACCCAAACUUGAUGAAGUCAAGAACUUUUCAGGGAAUUCGCUGAUUGAAAGCUUGAGAACCAAAAUGGACGAUUUAAUCAACCCCGUGACGGUUGUUUCCUUAGGUGUCACAGCUUUAAUGGCCGCAAUCAGCAUCGUAUUGGGUUUUAAACUUGAGAAACGACUUGCUCAAGUGGAAAAGUGGGCGUUGUCUUGGCUUGUUUUUGAUGGAAUGACACAUUUGACUUUGGAACUGGCCUUUCUCUAUUUCUCAUUAACAGGAACUGUGGAAUCUUCAACCCACUUCUCAGCUCUGUUAUGGAAAGAAUAUGGUAAAGCUGAUAAAAGAUGGCUGAUAUCAGAUCCUACAGUUGUCUCCCUUGAGAUAUUAACAGUGGUUGUAGACGGUCUGCUGUGUCUAGUGUUAAUCUAUGCUAUAGUUAAAGACAGAUCUUAUAGACAUUUUGUUCAGGUUGUUUUGUGUGUUUGUGAACUCUAUGGAGGUUGGAUGACAUUUUGUCCAGAAUGGCUGACAGGAAGUCCCAACCUAGUAACCGACAACGUCUUGUAUCUCUGGGUUUAUCUGAUCUUUUUUAACGGCAUCUGGGUAGUUAUUCCCCUUGCCUUACUGUGUCAAUCCUACAUUGCCAUGACAACUGGACAUUUAAAGGCUUCCUUUGAAAAGUCGUCACCUAGCAAGAAAAAUAAGAAGUCACCUAAAAAACAAAAUGGUGGACGUGUUCAAGUUUUAUCGUCUGCUGUGGAUAGCGAAUUUAAGAAUAAAUACAACACAAGAUCUAAGAAGGAACGAUAAGGAGAAGAAAUUCUCAUCCUGUUGAAUGAAUGUUGCGAUUUCUAGUGAUCGUUCUUGCAAAUUUUCUGCGAGCUUUUUCGUCCAAUUGAGAAAACUUUUGCUCAAAUUUUAAAUAUGGCCAAUGGGUGAUUUUCAGUAUUUUAAUCUAUGUUUUUAUAAUGAAAACAACUUGUAAAAAUCUUUUUAGUUUGUUCUACUUUUAAUAAAUAAGAUUUUUUUCU